UAGUGAAUUUCGGUGGUUUUCAAACGAUCCGGCCAAGAUGCCGAAGACGAAGGCUUCCGCUCCAGCAGUGCGAUGUGGCCUGUGUGAAGAUCCGGAGGACGAAAGUAUGGUCGCAUGCGAUUUAUGCGAUAUGUGGUAUCACUACAAGUGUGUGCAUGUAGGAGAUUCAGUAGCGGAUCGUUCUUGGACCUGUCCAGGUUGCAGUAAAGAACUGCUUGCGGCCAGUACACCGGUUGGUCGACAAAAGAAUUCCGUUUCCUCACGUCGUUCGUCGAUCACGGUAAGCACCAGUGCAUCAGCCCGUGCAGCAAGAGCCGCUUUGGAAUUGCAGCAGUUGGAGGAUCGGAAGCGAUUGGAGUUGCAGCGGGUUCUCGAGGAGGAAGAGCGUCGAAUGCAAGAGGCGGAAUUGGAGAAAGCCCGCAUCGAGCAGGAGAAGCUGCAACGUGAGAUGGAGGCGCAACUCGAACGCCGUCGUUUGGACGAAGAACGUCAUCAGCAAGAACAAGAAAGGCUGCAGCGCAAAAGGGAGGCAGAACUGGAGCGAAAGCGGCUGGAAAACGAACGUCGGCAGCAGGAGCAGGAGCAAGCACUAGCGAAGAAGAAACUGGACGAUGAGAAAUCCCGUUCUGAAUUGCUCCGGAAGCUGGAGGAGAAGUAUCUCGCCGAAAAGUAUCGGAUUUUGAACGCCCAACUGGAAGGAUCAGUCCGUAGAUGUAGCUCAAUGAGCAGCAUUAGUUUCGAUCAAUCGUCUGAUGGAGCAAAAGCCCUUCCAGAUCACCAGCAGAGGAACCAAGAAGAUCGUCGAAAAAUCGAUCGUGCGCAGAAUGCCAAAAACGCAGAACGGGAAUGCCUGUAUAGGAUGUGGAUUGAAGAGGAGAAACGCCGUGAAGAGUUCCGGGAGAAGUUGGAGCAGAUGGGUUUUGCUGAAAAACACAAAACAUUGUACGCACCUCGCGCGCAAAGGGUAAAAGACUGGGUGGACAACCUCGAAAAGGAAAACUCCAACCCACUGGAGGUACUUCCAGUUCCCCUACCGAUGGAAAAAUCCGGUAAGGAACGGUACACCGGGACGAAACCAAAAGCGAGCAACAAAGUGAAUGAAGAUCCUGUUCCUGACAGAACCUCCAAGGACCGAGGACAGCGUCCGCAUAUCCGGGAUGACGGGCCAGGGCCCUCUGACCAUCGUGACCAGAGACAGCCUGAUAUUCCACGCAACAGGCCACCGGGUCUACGCAGGAUUCCCGAAGAAAAUCAUCCAAAUCCAGGUUCCAAUGCCCCUAGGGAAGGAACACGCCCAGACCAAUUACGGGCACCUACGCAACCCAAUCGCGGAGCAUUCGGCCUGACGAACUCACAACUGGCAGCUCGCGGAGGACUGGCCAGUUUUCAUUAG